AGGGCUUCUGCUGGCAUCGGCGAAGAAACCUGGCCCCGCUCGCGCGCUCUUCAUGGCUGCUCAGCCUUCGCCGUCCGUGCCGCUCACUCGGCGGCCCCUGUUGCUCGGCCAAGUGGAGGGCUCGCAAGACGCGGUGACCAUGGCGGCCAUCGUGCCCAAGGAAGAGGGGCUCAUCAGCGUCUCGGAGGACAGGACAGUUCGGGUCUGGAUGAAGAGAGACAAUGGUCAAUACUGGCCAAGCAUCUACCAUGCAAUGUCAUCUCCAUGUUCAUGCAUGUGUGUUAACCCGGAAACAAGAAGGUUAUCUGUUGGUCUUGAAAAUGGUACAAUCUCAGAAUUUAUUUUAUCAGAAGAUUACAACAAGAUGACAGCAGUUAAAAGUUACCAGGCUCAUCAGAGCAGAGUGAUGAUGGUCCUUUUUGUUUUGGAGAUGGAGUGGCUCCUGAGUGUCGGGCAGGAUAAAUACUUUACUUGGCAUUGUUCUGAAAGUGGCCAGCGGCUUGGCAGUUACCGAAUUAGCGCAGGCGCUUGCGGGUUACAAUUUGAUGUGGAGACCCGGAAUGUUUUUAUUGGUGAUCAUUCUGGGCAAGUGACCAUCCUUAAGCUAGAACAAGAAAAUAGCAGCCUCAUAACAACUUUCAGAGGACAUACAGGUGGAAUCAGUGCCCUCUGUUGGGACCCCGUGCAACGUGUCUUAUUUUCAGGCAGUUCUGAUCAUUCCAUUAUUAUGUGGGACAUUGGAGGACGAAAAGGAACAGCCAUCGAACUCCAGGGACACAGUGAUAAAGUUCAGUCCCUCUCUUAUUCCCAUCACACUCGACAACUCAUCUCUUGUGGGGCAGAGGGCAAGAUCGUUGUCUGGAAUAUGGAUGUUGAGAGGCAAGAGACACCAGAGUGGUUGGAUAGUGAUUCUUGCCAGAAAUGUGACCAACCAUUCUUCUGGAACUUCAAACAAAUGUGGGAUAGCAAGAAAAUAGGCCUUAGACAGCAUCAUUGCCGGAAGUGUGGAAAAGCAGUGUGUGGUAAAUGCAGUUCGAAGCGCUCUUCCAUACCUCUGAUGGGGUUUGAAUUUGAAGUGAGAAUCUGUGAUGCUUGCUAUGAAUCAAUAACAGAUGAGGAACGUGCUCCCACGGCCACUUUCCAUGACAGCAAACACAAUGUUGUCCACGUACACUUUGAUGCAACACGGGGGUGGUUGCUGACAUCUGGAACAGAUAAAGUUAUGAAGUUGUGGGAUAUGACGCCAAUAGUAUCCUGAUGCUGGGUUGAAGUGGGAAGCGACACAGUAUUAAUGAAGAAGAGGUUCUUAAUUCUGUAACAGAAAAUGAAGCAAGCUACGUACUGACUGAUAAACGAGAACUAAUAUUUCUGGAUGCUUUUUUUUUUCAAGUAAUCUACCAAAUCCAGAGUGAAGACUUUGCACCAAAUGAUCUACUUCACAAAAUGCAGACAGUUUUUUUUUUAAACUUAAAAACUACACUGUCUGGCUGCAUUCAGCCAUUUGGAACUCAUCUGGAAGAUUCUGUGUGUGACAUUAUUUGUGUUUUGUAUUGACAUGUGGCUGGGGUGGUGGAUCUUCUCAAAUGUGAGCAGCUGCCUGCAAUAUUAGACUGGUAAGAGAAAGCUGAGUAUUCCUAUUUUUUGUUGGUGGCAACUGACCAAGAACUUUCAUUAUGAAGUACAAAAGAUCAGGUCAAGCAGCUCCGUUGCAUUUAUACUCUAGAAAAUGGUACCAUGAGUUUGGGAGUGGGCAGGGAGAGAAAAUAGGCAAGGUCCAGUCAUUUUUCUUCCAAAGCCAACUGAAAUGUUUAUGUCAUUAUCAAAAUAGCCAAUCAAACCUUUCUAGGCCCGGGCACCACCAGUAAGUACAUGAACCAGUUUCAACUGAAAAAACAUAAAAUGGUUUCAUAGCUGGCAGUAAUUAGUCUCUGGAGAAAGGGCCCGCCAUGUGUGUUGGAGCAUUACUUCUGAAAUUUCCUCUGGGGAGUCUGCUGGAAUUGUGCUUUACUGGGUAUGGUUUGGAACUAAUUGUCCCAUUCUUGUCACUUCUCUGGAAGGAUGUAUAUUUUUUAAAAAAUGCUGAUAAUUGUAACUUUUAAUUUUCAGUGUAACUCUCAAAUUAAUAUAGUGAAACUUCACAUUUUGCAUUAUUAGGAAGUUUUUCAAAAAAUAAAAACAUAAAUUAAA